GGCCCUAGGUGCUGCACGAGGGGAGGGAGGUCUCCCGCUCCCGCCUCUCGCCCGGGGGCACCAGCCGCAGCCUGCGGACUCGGCCACCUCUCGGUGACGCCACAGGCCCAGCGACCCUUGGGAUCACCGGCUGCGCGCCUCGCCAAGGGGACAAGGAUGGCGCGGGGCUGACGGUCUCCUCCCUCUCCUGGGACCUCCUCCGCCCCACCCGGGGCUUGGGGGACCGACCGCGGCACCGCCCCGACCUGCAUGCUGGCCAGGCCCCCGCAGCCUGAGGCCCUCAGCGUCCCUGAAGCGGUUCCCGGCCGCGCCGGAGGAGGUCCAAGACGACGAGGUGGAGGAGGAGGAGCCGGCUGCCGCCGCGCUGCGGCCCGGGAGCACGGGCUCCCCGGAGGGCGUUUGGGGAGUCCCGGCCCCGGAGGAGGGACCCGGAAGCAGAAGCACCGCCGCGAGCGGAGCGGAGCCGGUUGUCCGCGCUGCCCGGCGCCGGCUGGGGGUCCCGGCGGCUGGAUGGGCGGCGGCGGCGCGGGCCGCGGGCGGCGAUGGGCGAGGAGCAGAGCACGGUGAGCGGCCGCGGCGGGACCCGGGAGGCGCGGGCCCCUGGCAGAGGCUCGGCGGGCCAGCCCGAGUACCCCAGGCCGCGAGGAGACCGCGCCGGGGCAGCCGGGCCGCGCGCCGCCGCCUCCUCCUCCUCUCGGCCGAACGGCGGCAGAGACCGGGGCUGUGUGGACGCGAGCGCCCAGGAGCCUGUGAGCAACCGGGCCCCGGCAGGGCAGCCCGCGCGACUGCCGCUCACCGGGCCCCUGAACCCCCAAAGUCUGGAACGGCAGCUGGAGCGCGAGGCAGAGGGAGCGGGGCCACGGGAGGCGCCCCCCGGCCAGCAGCCUCCGGACGGGUUGCUCCUAGACGUGCUGGCCCAGCGACACCCGCCCCCCGCCAAGCCGCAAGUCUUCUGCUCCGUGUACUGCGUGGAGAGCGACCUGCCGGAGGACCCCUCCGCCGAGUCCCCGUCGCUGCCAGAGUCCCGACCUCAAGCACCGCCGGGGCCGAUUCCCGCCAGCCCGCCGCCCUCCUUCCCCAGCUCCCCGCUGUCGCUCCCGGCUGACCCCCUCUCCCCCGACGGCGGCAGCAUCGAGCUGGAGUUCUACCUGGCUCCGGAGCCCUUCUCUGUGCCUGGCCUAUUAGGAGCUCCACCUUAUUCUGGCCUGGGCGGGGUAGGGGACCCCUAUGCGCCCCUCAUGGUGCUGAUGUGCCGGGUGUGCCUGGAAGACAAGCCCAUCAAGCCCCUGCCCUGCUGCAAGAAGGCGGUGUGCGAGGAGUGUCUCAAAAUCUACCUGAGCUCUCAGGUACAGCUUGGCCAAGUAGAAAUCAAAUGCCCAGUCACAGAGUGUUUCGAAUUCCUUGAGGAAACAACGGUUGUCUACAACUUAACCCAUGAGGACUCCAUCAAGUAUAAGUACUUCUUGGAACUCGGCCGAAUUGACUCCAGCACCAAGCCCUGCCCUCAAUGUAAACACUUCACAACCUUUAAGAAAAAAGGACAUAUCCCCACUCCAUCCAGAUCAGAAAGCAGAUACAAAAUCCAGUGUCCCGCUUGCCAAUUCAUCUGGUGUUUUAAGUGCCACUCUCCUUGGCAUGAAGGUGUUAACUGCAAGGAGUACAAAAAAGGAGACAAGCUACUGCGUCACUGGGCCAGUGAGAUUGAGCAUGGGCAGAGAAAUGCCCAGAAGUGUCCAAAGUGCAAGAUCCAUAUCCAGAGAACAGAAGGGUGUGACCAUAUGACUUGUUCACAGUGUAACACUAAUUUUUGCUAUCGAUGUGGAGAGAGAUACCGCCAGCUCCGGUUUUUCGGAGACCACACAUCAAACCUCAGUAUAUUUGGAUGCAAAUAUCGCUACCUCCCAGAGAGACCUCAUUUAAGAAGAUUAGUUCGGGGGUCAGUCUGUGCUGGAAAGCUCUUCAUUGCGCCUCUCAUCCUGGUUUUGGGAUUGGCACUAGGGGCCAUAGCAGUUGUAAUCGGUUUAUUUGUAUUUCCUAUAUAUUGCCUUUGUAAAAAACAGAGAAAGCGAUCACGGACAGGUAUGCACUGGUAAUCCACAGAGGAUUUCAUAGGAUGUCAGCCGGUACCAGGAGCCAUGAAGGAUUGUGCACCUGUCUGUGAGUUGGAGCCUUCAAACCUCCUAGAGGAACUUGUGCCAUCUUGUCUCCUGUGGUUCUCUACAGGCCACAGUCCUCGAGUUCACGGUGCACUCUCAACAUGGUAUCCUGUCCUUUCCCUAAACAAUUGCUGCUUUUUAAAAAAUGGUCACUUUCGUUAACUAUAGACAUUUAUAUAGUAACUCUGACCUUUGUGGUUCUUGGAAGAAAAUAUUUUGAGAACAGGGUAUCCUCAGAUAUGUUUUGAGGACACCUCACAGGAGUGUUAUUUGGAUUGUCUGAACCUUGUGCUUCCCCAGGCUGUCUCUGAGACUUGGUUUGCAUAGCUGAAUCCUGCCUGUCUCAACAAACAAAGCCACUUUUCAGAAGGUAAAUCAAAGUUCACCAAAUGCACCUGUCAUCAUCUGUAACCCAAAUGGUAUCAUCGUUUUGUUCAUCGUUAGUGUAAUUGCUUUAAAAAAAAAAAACAAAAACAAAAACAAAACUCAGCACCCAGAGGGGAAUUAAUGAAACUAAAUUAAUGAGAAGAACCAUGAGUUACUGGUGGUCUAUGUAAGGGUGUGAAUGUGUGUAUAUAAACACGUAUUAAACUAGGCUCCAUAACCGUGUGCUCGUCUAUUUCCAUGUCUAUUUUCAUAGAACCUUUCAGCCAUGAUGGUUAUUUUCGUGGGCCUAACUUGGUAAUGUACUGAAUUAAAGCCAAUGUCAACAACA